ACCCAUUUUUUUUUCCUUUUUCUUUCAACUUCAUUCCCUCCCACCCGGUACCAUCUUUCUCGCCGGCGAUUCUUUUUCCGGCAUGCCACCAAACAAUUCAAAUCUUUCAGACAUGUCCUCCGUACAUCUAGCCGUCAAGUCCCCGGAGCAGCCUCUUUCCGUCUUAAAGAAGCGAAAAAGACCGCCCAUGAUUGAAAUCCCAAACAUACUUCAAGUAAUUGAACCCGUAUCCAUAAACUGUGAAUCAAAAUCAGACGUUGUUUUGUCGUCUUCUGGAUUUGCCGCCGGCGUUUAUUCCGUUAAAGGCCGGAAAUCUUUUAUGGAAGAUACUCACACUAUUCUUUCUUCCUCUUCUUCAGAAAAGGGAUUUUUUGGAGUGUAUGAUGGGCAUGGAGGAAGUAAGGCGGCGGAUUUCGUAGCGAAGAAUUUGCACUCGAAUGUGAUCGAGAUAAUGGAGAACUGCUGUGAGAAUGCAUCAAUAGAUGAAGUUGUUAAAGCUGCAUACUUGAAAACAGACGAUGAUUUCCUUAAACAGGGAUUAGAGAGUGGUACUUGCUGUGUCACGGCUCUUAUUAAAGGAAAGGAACUUGUUGUUUCGAACUUAGGUGAUUGUAGAGCUGUUCUUUCCAGAAAAGGAAAGGCUGAUGCUUUAACUAAUGAUCACAAAGCGACAAAUGAGGAUGAACGUAAAAGGAUACAAGAUAAGGGUGGAUAUGUGGAGUUUCAUCGUGGUACUUGGAGGGUUCAUGGCGUACUUGCUGUAUCAAGAAGCAUCGGUGAUGCUCAUUUGAAAGAUUGGGUGUUGGGUGAACCUGAGACCACAAUUUUAACAGUGACGGAUGACUUGGAGUAUCUAGUUUUGGCUUCUGAUGGACUUUGGGAUGAGGUUGAGAAUCAAGAAGCUAUUGAUACUGUUACUCAAUACAUGACGAAUCUUUCACCAAAACUGAAGAAAGUUUGCCGGGUCAAACAGUUAAAACGGAGAGUUUGCAAUAACUGGAAAGAAGGAGAAAACUACUUUACUAAUGAAAAUGAUGAACCUCAAUGUAAGGCUAGACGGGUUUCAUCUGUGAACCAGGCCAAGAUAGGGACGCAGGACCGGAACCAAAGUCAGAACGAGAACCAAGACCAAGGCCAUAGCUUAAAACCUGACGGGCUUGUAAAUGCUUGCAAGGAACUUGUGAACCUUGCAGUAAGUAGAGGUAGUUUAGAUGAUAUUACAGUCAUGAUAGUUGACCUGAAAGCUUUCCAGUAACUUCAACAAUGAAAUGUGAAUUGAAUGACUUUGUACAGUUUGAAGUAAUUACUUAGAUAAUAUUUGGCCAUUUUUGUUCUUGUA